AUGUAUGCGUCAUUUUUGUCUUUCGCCACAUCACCAGAUGCCCGUUGUCGCAUGUGGUUCUACGUGACUAUAGGAAUUCUUUUUGGCUAUACUAUAGUUUUAAUUGCAUUUUUCAUGGGCUGGUGUACGCUUGUGCCAACGCGGUGUCAUCCUCGCAAAGAAAUCCCCUUCAGCGCAGUGAAAUCGCCGCGCAGGAACACAAAAUACGUAGAAAUUGAUUCAGUUUCCUCCAGUAUUUACAGCACUUCACUGGAUAUGCUAAAACAAGUCCCGCGAAAAUACGCAGCAAAUUUGGACAAGAAGAAACACUCGCUGAAUCUCCCUGUUGUUCCUCACAAAUAUAAUGACUAUCUUCACCCCAAGUAUUCAUUACCGCCAGUCAAAAUUGACAUCGGCGAGUUUCAGGUAUUGGGAAUUCGAACAGCUUCUUCGGACUCCCGGACGGGCUGUACGCACUAG